AUGUCAAGGGUCAGCGGCGGUGACCGGGGCUGGGUUGAGGUUCUGGAAACAGACUUUUUUGAGAGAAGUUUAGAUGUACAUGUAGAAUACAGACCAGACUUGAUAAUCGAAGGUUAUAAUAACCUUCCAUGCGAUGCAGUAGAUCCGGCCCUCACCGCAAACCAUCUACCGCCACAUGAACUAAUGCAUCCCCACUGCAAAUAUCCGCAUCCGUCCUGUCUGCUGGAAGGCGACUUUACGCCCCGGAAGGAGAUAUUAUUUAUCCAUUUAUCAUGA